AUGGACGGCAUCCAGACCCAUCCCGCCACGGCUGCGCAGGCAAAGGCUUUCACUGCCACCGGCUCUCUCUCGUUCCCUGGCGGUGCUGUUGAGCUCGGUACACCUGCCUUUGGAGUCGACCAGAACGGACAGCGCCUUGUGAACGCUGGUCCUCAGCAAGGCGGCCCAGUUGCCAACGGUACCGGGGUGACUCCCGCCACACCUGCCGCGACUCCUGCUGCUACUCAGGGUGGAAGUGGAUUGACUCCUACCUUGCAGAACAUCGUCGCUACGGUCAACCUCGAUUGCCGAUUGGACCUGAAGACGAUUGCCCUGCAUGCGAGAAAUGCUGAGUACAAUCCCAAGCGAUUCGCCGCUGUCAUCAUGCGCAUUCGCGAACCCAAGACCACGGCUCUCAUCUUUGCCAGCGGCAAGAUGGUUGUCACUGGCGCCAAGUCCGAGGACGAUUCCAAGCUCGCGUCGCGCAAAUACGCACGCAUCAUCCAGAAGCUCGGCUUCAAUGCCAAGUUCACGGACUUCAAGAUUCAGAACAUCGUCGGUAGUUGCGACAUCAAGUUCCCCAUUAGGCUUGAGGGUCUUGCUUCUCGUCACCACAACUUCAGCUCCUACGAGCCCGAGCUGUUCCCCGGUCUUAUCUACCGCAUGAUCAAGCCCAAGAUUGUGCUUCUGAUCUUCGUCAGCGGCAAGAUCGUUCUCACCGGUGCCAAGGUCCGAGAGGAGAUCUACCAAGCCUUUGAGAUGAUUUACCCCGUGCUUCAAGGUAAGCCCGCAUGUUCCACGUCUAACACCUUGAACGACAAGUACGAGGAUAAGCACAAGGUUGACCUGGCCCGCAACAAAGCUGGACUUCCCCCUCUCACGGAUGAGGAUUUGGCGGCCCAGGAUCGCCCCACCACCGUCAAGGCUGGUGCAUCUGCUGUAGCUCGCAAGAAGCAGUAA